AUGCCGCCCCAGCCCCCGCCACGCUUGGGCUACCGCUCUGGCAAGCCAAACUUUGUCGAUGAGUCCUUGUUCGGCAGCAAAAAGCCUGAGCGCUCGCAGAGCGCGACUGCCGACGGUAGCUCCUUAAAGCUGACGGCAGCGGCCCGGACAAUCAGCCCCAAGGACCGCGACGUCGUGACGCUAACGAAGAACGACUUAACACGCAUGCUGAAGCCCUCACCGAUUAUGACCGCGGAGGACGUCGCGGCUGCCAAGAAGGAGGCCGAGGCAAAGCGCGAGCAGCUGCAGGCGGUGUCGAAGGCGCGCAAGGAGAAGAUGCUCAAGCUGGAGGAGGAGGCCAAGAAGCAGGCUCCGCCCACGGAGACGGAGAUCCUGCAGCGGCAGCUCAACGACGCGACACGCUCACGCGCUACGCACUUGCUGUUGGAGCAGAAGGACGCCGUCAAGAACAUGAACCAGAUGAUGCUGUACUCGAAAUGCGUCACCAUCCGCGAUGCGCAGAUAGAGGAAAAGAAGCAGAUGCUGGCCGAGGAGGAGGAGGAGCAGCGGCGGCUGGACCUUAUGAUGGAAAUCGAGCGUGUAAAGGCCCUCGAACAAUAUGAGGCACGUGAGCGGCAACGGGCAGACGAGCGGCGCCGAGGUGCCGCGGUGCUGAACGAGCAGAUUAAAGAACGGGAACGCGAGCGCAUCCGGCAAGAGGAGCUGCGAGACCAGGAGCGCGUGCACAUGCUCAAGGAGAUGGAGCGGCUGAAGGAGGAGGAGAUGCAGGCGCAGAUUGAGAGGAAGCUGCAGGCCAAGUACCUCAUGGAGGAGGUGGCAACGGCGAAUUCGGAGCAGAUUCGGCGCAAGGAGCAGAUGAAGGUCCGCGAGAAAGAAGAGGACAUGCGGAUUGCCGAGUAUCUUCUCCAAAAGGAGUUCCGCGAGCAGGCCCUCGCUGCGGAGAAGGAGCGGAUAGCAAAGGAGAAGGAGAUGGAGGUGGCACGGUUGCGCGCGAUGCAAGAGAGGGCGGCCGACAAGCAGGCGGAGCUGGACGAGCUGCGCGCGCGGCGAUACCAGGAGGCCAAGGAGCGCGAGUGGCGCCAAAAGGAGCGGGCAUAUGCGGAGCGGCAAGCGGCCAUGCAGCAGGAGCUGGCGCAGGCCCGCACGGCGCAGCAGGCGGCCAAGAUCAAGCAGAAGGCAGAAAUGGCGAAGCUCGAGCACGACGAGUUCAUGCGUGUGCUGGCGGUCAACCGGCAAAAAGAGUACGAGGAGCUACAGCAGACGGUUAACUCGAUGACCCUCAACGCAAAGUACAAGGAGGAGUUGCUGGCCCAGAUCCAGGCUAACGACGAGCGGCGCAAGCGCGAGCGCCAGGCGUACCUGGAGGACGGUGCGCGGCUGCGUGAAGCAGCCGAGAAGGAGAAGCAGCUGCUGACCCAGAUAAAAGAACGGAAAUUGACCGAGCUUGAACAGGCAGGCGUGCCGGGCAAGUACCGGGCUGAGCUUGAGAAGAUGAAGGUUAAGAUUUAAGCGCCAGUCAGUGUGGUAUUGAUGUUUUCGGGAGCUGGUUCUGAGGGAUAUGCUCUGGGUCAGGUUUUAAAACUAAGGGUGCAUGGGUUAAAGCGGGGAUGAACACGGGUGCCACAUGUGCGUGGCAUGUACGGGAUUGCAUGACUUACAGCGAUCAGCAAUCACGGUGCAGUACGAUUACUAUUUGUGCGAAUGAAUGAGUUGCACUGCGCAGGUAGACAGGCCUAGGUUAGGUACAUAGUGGGAGACGCCGCAAAUCCUUAGACUCAUAGGUAGGCCCUAGGUAGGCACUUACUUCAGUGCAAUCGCGGCUAACUUAACGCUGCAUGCAGAUAUUCGUUGUACGCUGUGCUUAGAAGACCAGUGACAUGACAGAUGUGGGUGUCAUUGGGGGGAGACGUACGGGGCGCUGUAAUUGCGCUCGCAGCAGGGCCAGUAAGCUUUAGGAGAGGCGGGGCGGACGGGCCAAGAAACUGUAGAACAGGGGCGAUGCGGCAAUGCACGACGGUCUGGCGCUUCCGUCGCUUGGACACAGCAGCAUCGUACUGCUUGGGUACUGCGGCACUUAGCUGUCCGUGUGCUGGGAGGCUUAUGGCACUGGUGUUGCGCUAAGCCCCUGGAAAUUGACGAUGGCUGCCAGACACGCAUUGAUGCGGAUGCGGUCCCGCACUGAACCGACUUGCUUGCGUAUCACCGUCGGGGCAUAAGAAUGGGCUGCAUGGCUCACUUGCGGUGGUUUCAUCAAUAAUUUGUACAUCCAAACGGUACGGUUUGCCGGUGUGUAGGUGACACACAUGAUCGUUGAGGUGAGAGCCCGGAUGGUGUAACCGUGAAGCGAUG